CAUCUAUAAAUACUCUAAUUUUCCCACUAAACCAAACCCUUCCUCCAAAACUAGGCCGCUUCCGUUUAUCAGAGCUUUCUUCGACGAGCAGCCAUUUGUAAUCAAUCAUGGGUCAUUCUAACGUCUGGAACUCUCACCCCAAAACCUACGGCCCUGGCUCUCGCGCAUGCCGAGUGUGUGGAAACCCUCAUGCCAUCAUCAGGAAGUACGGGCUCAUGUGUUGCAGACAGUGCUUCCGUAGCAAUGCCAAGGAAAUUGGAUUCAUUAAGUACCGCUGAGGAAUGUUUAUAUGGCUAGAAGUUGGAAACACUUUUUAGCUAGUAUGAACCUUUGUUUCGAAAUUGUAGCAACUUUUAAGAUAACAUUGCUGUUUUUUGUUGAAUUUAGUUUAAAAGCUUGAAGUUUUGUUUCUGCAAAGGAUAAUUUGUUGUUUUCUCAAUGAAGUAAUCAUACUGUUUUUAUCUUA